GCUAUGCUAUCGCCUGCGUUCUAAUCGACUAUGGAAGACUGCCCACAAAACAAUAUAGGUUUCUACGUUACGUGCCGUGCACCUCAUUCACCAGCAUCUAAGUCUCAUUUCAUCGUCGCUCAAAACGAUCCAGCGCUGUCAUUUUUCAAGCGUUGGAAUGUGAACAGCACGUGCUGGUGCAUUAUUAUCAGCAUGGUCAUCUUCGUAACAGGUUCGGGUGUGCGUGGUUCUCCAGGACGCGGAGCGGCGGCCGCGGCCACCGGUGGAAACCCGUCGUCGGCCGUGGUGGCCGCGGCGGAAGAGCGACAGAACCUAACCUGCUACUCCUGCAACUCGCAGCUAGAAGGCGAGGGCUGCCGCUUCCCGCACAACAUGAGUCUCGCCAUGAGGCGCACCUGCCCGCCGUCGCACCGAUUCUGCACGGUGACCCGCGUGGACUACAGCGUGGACCCGGGCGGUGCGAUGCGGGCCUUCUCGAUCGAGCGUAGCUGCAGCGAGCACUGCACCACCGAGUGCGUGGCGGUGGGAGAGCGGCUGCGGCUCUACAUGUGCCGCUCGUGCUGCUCCGAGAGCCUCUGCAACACGGGCAACGAGGCCCGCGCCCUGCUCGAAGAAGGGGGCCGAGCCCUGCUGGCCUCGCGUCGGCUCACCGUGCCCCUGCUCGCACUCCUGGUGGCCGCGUGCCUGUGAACCGCCGAACUUGUUGAGGGGAAGACGGGCACUUCUCGCAGUUCAUAUAGUCACGAGAACUAUAUAGUGUGUCCUAGAUAUAGAAUAUCUAUUCAGGCUUUGCGUUGCGAAGAAGAGCCGUAACGUUCUCGCGUCCUACGUCAUGUGCCAGUUUUUUCGCGCUUUGUUCUACGAAGAUUCCCUUACGGCUUGCCCGAAAGUUCGGUGUUGUUGUAUAUAUAGAGGUCCGCGCGUAGUCUGACGCUUGGCUGGCACGUUCGUUUGAAUCUAGCGAAAUUACUGUUACGCUGCGGAAACUUAAUUGGACGAACACUGUAUAGGAGUAGUCGGCAUGUUAUUGUUAGCGCCGAUCGAAUGUCGCCCGUUGUUGCGUCGUUCAUUGUGUUCGACCAAGUUGCGUGCAAUGCAAAUCCGAUUUCGCAGUGUUCGUGCUAUAUGCGAUUUUGCCGCGCGACGUAAAGCCAGCACGUGGCUCUUAUCGAGGAUUUAGUUAUGCACACCCUAUAGAGAGAAACGCAGCGAAAGGGGUGCAUCUAAAUGUACAGCUGCGUCGGGCACAUAGAAACAUGCGCGACGUACGAGUCUUGGCUUGAACUAUAACAAAAAAAAAAUAUCUUUUUAGAAAGCAGCGAGGUCACCAAAGUUUCAGCGCACGUUCUCGCUGUGUUCUCUCUCGUUUUGGUAUGGAUCAUGCAACAGAUCUCGCUUAUGUGCGCCUUCUCUUCUUACUGGACGUAUUUCUUAGUUCCAUGGUCGCAGUAUACCGUGUCGUAUACAAACUUGUACCGUGUGUUCCACGCUUACAGCGAACUAAAAUAAAAUGUGGCUUCGAACUAGACGAAGAAAGCAUAUACGCGCGGAGUCCGGUUGACGGGCCGUGAACCAGAGUGUUCACAUUUUCCCCAACCCCGCGAAGGGACGCGCACCACGAUGCCCACAUCCUUGCGAGUUUGCGAGUUUGUAUGUUUAAAACCCCGCGAAAUACUCGUGAUGGGAGCGUGUGAGCGAUGUCAGGCGAUGGUCUCGACUUACGGCCGUCGCGCAGACCAUUGUGAUGGGAUCACCAUUUUACAGAGCCGCCAUUUUACAAGCCGCUCGGUGAUCGGCAUGAUAUGUGGCACCCGCGAAACCGUGAUCUCGAAGUGUGACGCAGUCUUGGAAGAGACGUAUAACUCGUCGCUUGAUUCUCAUGGCCCAUCGCGAGACAUCAUCUUAAAGGAAGCGGCGCACCUGCGACCUAGCUCCCUGGGGAGAUGGGAAAUGUGGUCAGGGGGUUUCAGUUUGCAAAGUCAUUCUUUCGUUAUUUGCCAUUUGUCGUGCUAGCUUUUCGCUAUUACAUUCGCUAUCCUGAUUGGCCACCACUCGUACUCAGAAACCAUUCUGUACACCGUUUCAUCCAUUUCCUUGAUUUUAUUCUUUGUUCAAUGUACUUUCAUUAAAUGGACCAACGCGGUGCCCCCAUUGCACAGUAUUAGCUCGAUCCCUAUAGGUUAUCAGAUAAGUACAGGCACCGUUGACCAAUGCUUUUGAUUGUUCCCGUGUUUCACUGCGGUUACAACCUUCAAUCUCUAAAAAAUAAUAUUUAGUUGUGUGCAGUGUAGCGAAAGCUAUGGGUUACACGUAUUGUUUACCCAGCAGGAAAAAAAAACAAAAAAAAAACGGAACAAAGACUCCUCCAUUUCGAUUGAGACCUUCGCGUGACUGUGCCGACUGAACUUUAGGGAUCAGCCGGGCGCAAUGGAAGAAUUUUUAUCCCUUUAAUCACCUUGAACAAACAGCCCUCACUGCGUGGUUAUUGACUGGCCGACACGAACUCUAGUCUUCGCUGCGCUGCGCACAUUUGGUGGGAUGGGGCUCAGUGUACGUGCGAAGAAUACUGGGAGGAGAGGGUGGCCGCAGAACUUAGUCGAAAAUCAGUGUUGUGACGUUUGCUCGAUUAACUGUUUUACAUGCGCUCCCGUUGUGCUGCUGUAAAAGAUCGCUUGUACAAUAAAUAGGCGUUAGGUGCCGCGUUUUUGAAGUCCGUAUAUUGGUGAUUGCAUGCUACUCCGCAUAUUUCAUCUCGAUGUGAAAUAGGCUGUUUCUUGGGUGAGAUUUAUAGGCGAGCUGAAAGCUGUCAUAGCGACGCCGCUGCACCUGUAGUUAACCCGGCUAUAGGUAUACACAGAACGGUGCGUAGGACUUAAGCGCAUAGAACGGUCUUUGCUCGAUAGCUCUGAGAUUCGCGUCAGACGCGAGAAGGGUCUGAACGUGAAAGGUUAGCCGCUACUGAUUUGGAACCGCGCUCGUGCUAUACCAGGCUGCAUUUAAUGACGACUUCUGCAAGUCACGCACGCAGCUGUAUGCUAACAGGCGUGACGCGCACACGCGCAUCAGUUGUCAGGGUCUUCAAGCGUCUACAAGUGCCAUAUAUUUAUAACCGUUCGUGUGUUGUAUAUUUGUUAUUCUUGUCGACACUUCGUAGCCAGAGGGAUCAUGAAACGUUAUUCAUGUUACAUGCACUGGCGUAAAUCCCGGGGGGUUCAGGGGGUCCUGACCUCCCUUGUGUUCAGGCUGGGGGGACACCCCUUGCAAGUGUCCCUCCCCCCUUGAGAUUUAUCUUCCAAACAUUAUAUAUUUGAAUCGCUUGACUGUUAAGUAUAGUGCAUUCAACUUUAUUUAAUGCCUGUUUGUUUUGUAGUGUGUACUUGUGUUCAGUAUCCCUCAGCUGUGUGAGACUUGAAAUCGCAACUGCCGCUCGACCGGUUUCAGAGCAGACUCAAUAGAACAAUGCAAUUACGCGAGCCGGGAAGCCAUGCUAGUCGUUUGAUUUCAUUUUAAAAAUUUUUUUAUUUUUAUAUAAGAAACAAAAUGGCCGCCAUGGCAAGAUAUUUGUCCCCCCUUGUGAUUUACGCCGCUGGUUACAAGUAAUUUUGUGGUUUUUACGUGCCAAAAUCACGAUGUGAUUAUGAGGCGUGUCAUAUAAUGGGGGAGUCCGGAUUAAUCUUGACCACCUGUCAUUCUUUAAAGUGUUACUUGGACGUACACAGGCGUUCUUUCAUUUUGCCCCCAUCGAAAUGCGGCUACUGUGGCCGGGAAUCGAACCUGCGUCCUCGACCUUAACAGCACGACACCUUACCUGUCAAGCUACCCCGGCGGGUGCUAUACUCAAGGUCCAGCAAGAAAACCUUAGACUAUGUGAGCAAAAUGGGCUGUCCGCUCUUCGCGCAGACACAAAAUAGCGCUAAAAGCGUACAGAAUAAUUAAUGUUUGGGGGCUUUAUGGUGCGCAAAGCUGCAAGCGCAAGGGUGCACAGUGUUUCAAAUGCACCGUAGUGUCGUUCAUGAGCGUCGCAUCGUAGGCGCAUUCGUUGCCGGGCAUACUGCAGUAACGCUCGAGAGCUCCAUAAAUAACAUCCGAGGGUCAAAGCAAUCCUGUAUUGUUUGGAAUAUUACUGCCUCGGGGAACAGAAAAUCGAUUCACCGGACCCAUCAACAGCUUAGGUGAUACCGGCCUAUGCAAAGUGUGUACUUUAUUGCUAGUUUUAGAGCGCAGCUUUUAGGCGCCCGUUCCUGCGUUGAGCGGCGUCGCCGUUGCCGUCGGUGGCGUAAUCGAUAGACAUGAAAAAAAUAAAAUGAGAGAGAAAUAACCAGGAUCGAAUGGGAUUUGAAGCCGGGCUCUCUGCGUGGCGGGCGAGUAUUCUACCACAGAGCCACGCUGGUGCUUGAAACUCAUUUGCAAAAAGACCCGACACAUGUAUAGGGUCUUUUUGCAAAUGCGACAUGAUGCCUGCAG